UUGUACGGACACUCAUGUAACUAUUGUUGCGGCCGUUUUCCGGUUGAUUACCGAUAGAGCCGACUACAGAGUAGGAUCUCAGGACUGAGCUGUCCUCGAACGGUGAAUUAUUAUUUUGGAGGAUGGGGUAGUCACCGGUUAGAGCUCUGGAAUGGAUGUUGCAGAACAACAGAAUGCCGUCUCUCUCUCCUCAGUUCUUCGCGGCUUGUUUUGGAGGGGCAGACUGAGAGCACUCGGACCCAGUGCCCAGGCUCUGCAGUAUGCAACGUUUCAUCGACAACCGUUUCGAAGGAAGCCAGCAUACUGGACUUCAAGACUGAUACGAUCGUAGUGAAAAUAGUGCAGUGUGCUCCGAUCCGGAAGAAGUGAGAAUGAAGCUCGUAGAUACCAGAACGGAUCGCGGAAGAGCUUGCUGUGUAAAGUUAGUUAGUUGCGUGUACGUGUGUAGUAGUAAUAUCCGGGAAAGCAUCACCACGGCAUAUCUGUGACAACGUCUAACCGCUGUGCACGCUCUUGUUGGAUGGAUGCGUUCGAGCGACAACGACUUCAAGUCGUCCUUGCGCUUCGGAGCAUGCCGUGAAGGUGGUGAACCGAGUGUUGUGUAACGGCUUUCUAGCUUCGGCUGAACAUAUCACCGAGCAGACUGUACUAGUGUAGUGUAUUACUUAGCUAAACUAGAGCAAUCAAGUGAGCAAGAUAUGGCCUACGCAGGAAUUCGUUGUCGACCACUCUUUGUGGGUGUUUUGUUUAUAGAGUGGUUGGUAGUAUCGUAUUUGACGAGUGCCGCGUCCAGCCUCGAAGCAAACCCAACGUCACACGAUGGUGUUCGUGUCCUUGUGAAUGAAAUCUUCAUUUCGGACUUCAGCGCUUCAAGCGGAGAGGCGAGGUCAUACGUCGAACUCGCUUGGAUGCGCCCUGAGGCCAGACUUCCGUCACCUCCACCAGACAGAAUCAGCGUUCACAACACCACUGGCACUGCGACUUGCGUUCUAACGUUAGCCUAUGUUGUUGUACAGGCUCCUGCAGCUUCAACUUCAAGCAGGGAGCGAGGCAGUUUCCCAGCUCGCCAAGGCCAGGGGAGGCCUGCAAUGUCACCUGCAGAAUCUGGCAAAACGCUAGUCAUAUCGGAACAGCGAUUAGCUGAUCCUGAACCUGAUGAACCCAACGCUAUUGAUUAUAUCCUUGUUCGCGAGCACCAGAAGGAUAGAGAUACAGGCGAUGAGGAGCUGCUGGGAAAGGGGCAGAUUGUUUAUUUGCCGGAGGGAGCACUGCUUCCACGUAGCUCACCAGGUCUGAUACGGGUGGAGUGCAACGAUAGCAUGCAAGCUGCCGCCCCGUCUGCAGACAUCGUUCUGAUGAUGUGGAACGUGACCGACGACUUGGCGUUGUUUGCCAGGGCUGGACUGACGACGGGCGGUAGAGUACAUGUGAUACGCAGUCCGCCGACAAUGGAACGUUCGUACAGCCGCUGUGCCAAUGGAUCGCUGGAUGUUGCUGCGUCAAGUCAAUCUCCUAGCGCCGCAUCUGAGCAGAAAGCAGAGUUGUUCAUACAAGCCGCGCAAACACCGCUGGAGUCCAAUGCAUGCGUUCCGAAGCCCAAGAAGGUUCUGAACGAGUUGAGCUGGUACCAAGUCCAUCAAACUCCCGGUAACUCCUACUCGUGGAGUCUGAGUUUUGUUGAAGUAAAGAUCUCGUACGGCGCAAGCCGGCAAAGAGAUCGAAACGAAUGCGCACGCCAUAACUUUGUUCUACGCUUUCUCCAUGUGGGCGAUGGAGCUACGGCACCGGUAUCAAUCGGUCGUAUAAAGCUUAGCGCUGCGGACUGCCGCAUAGCCAGUCGACUACAUCCUGACCUGCUCACCUACCAACUAGAGACAACCCUGCACUUUAGAAACGUAACUACGCACGUCCCACUUGUUUGCAUCCUGCUCUAUGACGAGGAUUUCUCUACUAGACCUCAGAGUGGCGAGCCAGGAGUUCCCGUCCAGUCUCUACUGGAUGCUGUCUGCAUUGCUCUGCUUGCAGACCGGCUGAAAGGAAGUGAGCGUGAAGAGGACCGACUUCAGAUGGCAGAAUUUGCAGCACGGUUCAACCUCCCGUUUGCCACGUCUGCAGACCAGGCCAGCGGAGCGUUUGCUUUACUCACUCCGUAUAGAGCAGUGAUCCGAUGCACUUGCUGCCAGUCUUUUGAUCUGCUCUCGUUCCAGUUGAGCCGGAGGCCGACGUCGGGACGAGACAAUGCACAUGUAUGCCAGCUGCCGGCGCCGAUCAAUGACCAACCUAUUAACAAUCUUCCAACUCAACCUACCAAGUCAGUGCCAGCAGUUCCAAGCCAAGCCACUGCUGACUUUGGUCCGCACACAGAAUCCAUCAGCCUCAGUUACAUGCUGGCCACCUCAUCAGCAGCAAUGCCUACACUGUCCAUGACAGCAGACCAGAGCACAGACUUGCAAUCAAGACUAAACCCAGUGGAGAAUGAAGUCAAUGAUGAUGAUGGUAGUUCUGGAGACGGCAUGCCUGACAUCACCAUUCUUAUAGCUUCUUCCUUCUCCCUGAGCUUCAUCCUCAUUCUCCUGCUGAUAUGCGCAGUCAUCUAUUUUAACAGGCAGUUGAAGGCCAAGUCUUCCGAAUCAUACCAAUGUGCAGCAUACAUCAAUCCAGCCAUGCUUGGACCGAGAGAGUACAUCGCCCCGGAAGGACCUGCCCCGGGUAGGUACAUUGGCCCGGAUACACCCACCCCAGGUGGAUGCAUCGACACGGAAACACCAGAGCCAGGUGAGUACAUUGACCCGAUCUAUCUUGAGCCAGUACGGAACUCGCAAGUACCGACCCAUGACCAAAGGGGCCGCCGCAUAGAUAGUCCACAAGACAGUGAGUGCUUGCCUGGCAGUCAUCCGAUAACGCUUCGUCAGCUAAGCCGCACACACCGCAGCUCCCCAGGCCCAUCUCUUGACACCAUCACGGAGAGUGAAAUCGAACGGCAUUGGCACGAGCGCACCCGUCAUAUCCGCCAUCCCAUUUCCGGUACAGGUUCGGGCAGAAGUCAUAGCCCGACCCAGCACGAGGGAAGCCUGUGCAGUCCAAUGUUCGGCGAGGGGGCACCGUACCAAGCCGCCGUGAUGCCCAGCCAGCUGGACUUUGCAUCCAGGGUGGAGGAGCACGCCGUCAUACAGAACCCGUUUUUCCGAGCUCCUGCAGAUACGUCUCCGGACACCACCGCCGAACCACGACACGCGGCUACUGCUGAUAACGAGGACAGCGACAGCAUCACCGCAGAGAUCGAAGUGGAGUUCAGGAAGACGACAAGCGGAAGAAACUUUCGCCGCGCAAGCAGCCGCCGGGAUACCUAGCCGGCACGGUUUGGAGAAUGAUUAUGAAUAGAGCCAAUGUGCCCCAUUCUAUGUUAUACACUAAAUUAUCACCAUAAAGAGGGCAUUGCCCAUACUUCGACGUAAUAUUAUUGUGGUGCUCAUUGCAUUUCAUGCCACCGCAUCAUCUGGCCCAGUAUUGCCCUCUUAUGCGAA